CUACGAAGGACCCUCAUUCAGAAGCGGUGAUCGGAGAAAAAUCACUGCUACGACUGAGAAAAGAGACCAAAGAGAAGUAUAUUUCGACAUUCGAAUACAAUCCCAGCAAGACGCUAGUAUACGUUUGGAUUUCUGUUCGUAGAAAUAUCACGGGCGUUGGCUGUUUGCCAAAAUAACAACCCUAGCUGUUUAGAAAAACGUAUCGUACUUAUUGGAAGGCUUUAUCUCCAGCAAGCUAGCUGGCUAACUAGCCAUAGAGCUAGUUUAGCUAGCUUCUGAGUUGGCUUCAAACGUUUUCUAAACAGCAUUGUCAACUACUAGUCUCAGAAGCUAUACAUUGCUUUAGCCCCCUAAAAUAGUCAUGGAAAAGGAUGCUUGUGUAGAGGAGGAUGCUUGUGUAGAGGAGGAUGCUUGUGUAGAGGAGCAGGAGAAUGGUGACACAGUGGUGGUGAAAGACGAAGUGGUCAAGGAAUCAACAGGACCAUCCCCUUACAGAUACACCAAGGAGCAGCUUUUGGAGAUUAAAGAUUUCCCAAUUUCUAAUGAAAGGCCAGACUGUCUUUCUGGAAAAUAUGACAGUGAUGGUGUUUGGGACCCUGAGAAGUGGCAUGCCUCGCUGUACCCCACCUCAGAGUGCAGCUCACCUGUGGAUGGAUAUAAGAAGGACUUUGUGGAUGAUAGGGUCCCUCUAAAACGUAGAAUUGCAGGCAUACUGGAAUGUAAUGGUGCACUUGCGGAGGAGCCAGAGCAGGUAGUAAAAGACUCUCACUCUACAGCAGACCAGGAGGUCCCACACCCAGCGGUCCUCCCAGAGCAGACAUCUGGAGACUUUGACUUCAAUGAGUUCUUCAAUCUGGAGAAGACCAUGCCAGGACUGGCCUCUAUGAUAGAGGAUGUUCUGGGGGAGGGCCCUGUUUCGGCCAGCCGUUUCAGCCGGUGGUUCUCCAGCAACCUGAGUCCCUCAGGCAGCCGCUCUUCCAGCCUGCGCUCCACCCCCCAUGAGGAGCUGGAGAGACUGGCUGGGCAGGACCCCCGCUGCACGUCACCCAGCCAGAUGGGCCCUGUCCCCUACUUUACCCCCAUCCAGUCGGUGGAGCACCGGGACAAGGUGGACAUUCUGGAGCUGUUACACAAGGCCAAGAUAGACCUGAAGCCUCUCCUCUCCAGCCUCAACGUCAACAAGCAACGGCUACAGCAGAGCACUAACUCAGGUGUAGUGCUCUCUCUGGAGGAGGUAGAGGGAGGCCUGAAGGGGCUAAAGGUGGGCUCUGAGCAGAACCACCAGUCUCAUCGGACACUGCACCAGAAUCCGCAUCGGGGAGGAAUCAGAGGCAGCACCAGCAGUGGCACACCCUUCAUGGCUGAGCACUUGGAGCAGGCUCUAACCGGCGGUGUAGGCCCCAGUGCAGGGCUGCCCAGGUCACAGGCCAGAGACCCUGACAUGUCAGCCUUCAACAAGCUGGUCAGCAGCAUGAAGGCAAGUGGAACUCUGCCUACCCACCCCAAAGCCAACCAAGUGAACAACAACCUCAAUCAGCCCACAGACCCUGCUAUAGUGCCCCUGCCUGAAGUCACAGUGCCUGCCCCAUCGCAGAAGAACGUAUUCCAGGAGCUUCUAGGUGCCCAGGGCCCUCCCCGUAGCGGCUCCCCGACCCUCCAUAGUGUGCUAGGCAGCACUGACGCCCCUCCACCCCCUGGGCCUGGUCUUCAGCACAGGGGGCCCUCACCUCCACUCUUCCUACAGAGGGCUCCUUUGCCUGACUACUUCCAUGGACGCAUGCGGCCACCCGCUGGGUACCCUGUUGGUGCGGUGCCCAUGAUGGGGGAGCAGUUCCCAGAUAUGCAUAGAUCCCUCAGCCCUGGACAUGGACCCACCCUACACCAGCAACAGAUGAGGGCGCUGUCCAUGGCUGUGGACCAGGCUGACCUGGAGGCUCUGAUUAACCAGCAGGACCUUGCUCUCCAUGCCCACAGCGCCUUCCAGACCGGUUACAACAAACUGCCUCCGAACAAGGUCUACCAACACAACAGGAUGAACCGAUCCCCUGGUCCAGGCACUCAUCCUGCAGGCAGACACUCCCCUGGCAACACAGUCACCAGCAUGCUGUCACCAUCUUUCGUGCCCACGUCUGUGAUCCGUAAGAUGUACGAGACGAAAGAGAAGAGUCGCGAUGAGCCAGGUAGUCGUCCAGACAGCAAGGAGGGCCACUCCCAAGAGGACAGGCGCUCUCCCAGCUCUUUUCUGGAUGGGAUAGGCAGUAGUGGUUCUCAGUUGGGAGGGGUGAAGGCCUCCUCCCAGGCUCGCCAGCACGCCCAGGACCGCCCCAGACCAGGCUCUGCCGGGCACCACACCCCCACCCUGGUGUCCCCCGGGGAAGGGCGAGGCCGACCCUGCCCUAUCUACCCGAUACCACUGCUAUCCCACGGACAUGUGCCCAUGGUGCGCCCCCCUCCGCCCCAGCUCCAUCCCAGCCUUGUGCAGAGGAUGCUGACCCAGGGCAUCCAGCCACAGCAGCUAGGCCCUGCUCUGGUGCAGGCAGGCAUAUUUCCACAGCAUGUUGACCUCUCUCAGCUUCAGGGUUUGCCCCCUGCCCUGCUAGGACAACCCCUCUACCCUCUAGGGGCGACAGGACACCCCCUCUUACCUCCACGAGCCAGCAAUCACAUGCAGCUAAUGCAGCAGCAACCAAGACCAAUGCAUCCAUCAGUCCCAGGCCACCAGUCGCAGAACCUCGGCCCUCACCGGACGAGCCACUCCCAGCAACAUGGGGGUAGCCCCACUAGUGUGGGGGGAGCUGGUCUGUCUAAGUGGUUUGGCUCAGAUGUGCUGCAGCAGCCCCUUCCUUCCAUGCCUGCUAAGGUCAUAAGUGUAGAUGAACUGGAGUUUGAGCCCUGAGGAGAGUUUCAUACAACCAGAAUGCUGGAUAAAGGAAGACUUAAUUUUCCCCCCUCCUUUCGCCACCGCCCCAUUUACAAAAAAGGUGAACUUUAAUUUAAGACUAAGCACAGAUCCUGGAGAACGAAGAGUCUGUCCAUGUUUUGUCUUAAACCUUGAAGUCACUGCUAAGAGUAUUGAAGAGGCCUCAACUUAAGGGAAAGACUAUGAGUUCUAUAAGAAUUAUUUUCUUUUCUGCAGCAUAUUUUGGUUUGGGAUAUGUUUUUCUAUCUUUUUUUGCAGUAAAUAUGAAGUAAAUAAUUUAUAGGCCCAACAUUGUACAGACUGUAGGAAUGGAUCUGAUUCUUCUACCUGUACAUAAAUAUGAUUUCUUUUUCUUGGUAAGGGGAAGGUUGUAUCUUGCUGUUUAAGUGCGAACUGCCGCAGUCAGACGGAGUAGAGACGUGAAGCGAGGGUAGCAGCGCUGCUUUGUCAUGUCCUGGUAGUUUUUAUUUCUCUCCCCCCCACCCCCCCAUGGAUUUGAACUGCACUGAGAAAGUUCAAUGUUUGAUUGUGGAGUUGCCCUGCGUGUACCCCCUCAAAAGAUGUCCUCCCUACGGCUUGGUCAGUCGGUGGCACUGCCUGCCCUGUCUGGAAAGGUGACUGGAGUGUUACAGGGGGAACAGCAAGUGCUGGUUGUGCCUUUCUGACUCUCAACUCAUCUUUCUGUGAUUCUUUGCAUCCCAUCUGCUUGCCUGCCUCCUUUUCAACAGUAUUGGAGAAGGCAUAAGGUCCCUCCUGUCGGACCUUCUCCAAUGUGUUUUUGAGGAGGUGAAAUGAUGCAAGGAAUUGAGGUAAGAUUUGAGAGCCCACAGCUUUUUUUUUUUCCUUUACUGUGUCCCUCCCCCUCUGCCAGUCACUGGAACAGAGAAGCACUUCUGAAUCACGUUAUCACAUUUGGGGGUAGGUGGUAGAGAUUCAGUUAAUGUGCUAUUAAGUUAUAAAAGCACAGAAUAAAUAAAAUGUUCAAUAAAAAAAAUAUAUCACAA